GUAAGGCUAAAACCAAAGUUUUAGUUUAAUUUCAAUUGUCACCAAACGGGCUCAAUAUUUUCAGAAAACGCAUACUAUUGCGACUUCGACCUUUUACCAAAUUCCAAAAAUCUUUUUGGUUCUCUGAUCGGCGUCGCAUUCACCAUUCUCCAGCCGUCCUAUGAUGUGCCGUUACCUGCAACAAAAGAGGCGGUAGCUUUUUCCCCUACAAAGGAAAAGUCCACACAGAAAGAGAAGAUACGAGAAACCCACCUUCGAUUUCCACCUUGAGGGUCUCCCAACGAUGCCUUUCAGGAGCCUCGAGGAGUUCUGGCCCUUCUACAUGAAUCAGCAUUCCAAGCCCUCCACGAGACGUUGGCACUUCUUUGGCACCCUCACCGCCAUCCUCUUUCUUAUAUCAGCCGUCUUCCUCCGGUGGUGGCUUGUCUUCUUCGCCCCACUCUCUGGCUACGGCCUCGCUUGGUACAGUCACUUCUUCGUGGAGGGCAAUAUCCCUGCCACCUACGGGCACCCCUUCUGGUCUCUCAUCUGUGAUUUGAAGAUGUUUGUUUUGAUGCUCACGGGCCAGAUGGAUAAAGAGAUGAAAAGACUUGGCAAGAGGCCUGUGUUGCAGGUAUGUUUGAAAAUGUUCAGGUCUAUAUCUGGAGUUUUCUGGGUAUUUAACAUUAUGUAUCAGCCUUCGUCUUGUUUCAGGACUCACUUUUAUCCGACAAAUCUGUCCAUCCUGCCAGCCAAAACCAUGGUGAUGAAAGCAAAUUCAAACUGAUGUAAUGUUAUUUCUGUUCUUACGUGGUUCUGCUGGUUGGGAUAUUAUGAAGUUGCUUGCAUUAAUUACCUCAAUUCGGUAAAAUAAUGUACGGCAAUGAUUUCACAACCUUCCAAGUUGACGCAGAUGUUGGACCUAAAUAAAUGGAAAUGUUGGAUACUUUGGUCUCUCUUUACUCGUUGCUUUAAGUUGAAGAACGUCAAGCGAUUAGUGUUUGGAGGCAUCGUUUGUAGUAAAGGUCUGCCUAAAUCCAGCUUACCUCCUGCCUUCAUAAGAAAGAGCCAUCUUUACUGCACGAAGCGCAACAUGGCAUGAUCCAUCAAUGCACUUUAUAGAGAUGUUCAAUAUCUUGAAAUUAUUUCUUGAUAAUGAGGACCAAGCCCCCAACCAUGUCUUAUCAGCGCUAUACUAUGAGAAAGUUCAGGCAAAUGAAUGACAGGAUCGAAGCUUUAUAUCAAGGUCUGGU